UUCAAGUUUCUCACACAGUUCUAGCAGACAAACCACAGAGACAGAAAAUGUCAUCAUUGAUGGAACGGCCAUUACCAGAACGAUAUUUAGACCAACAAAGAGGAUGUCAACGUAUCUCAUCGCGUUUGUUGUCAGUGAUUUUACGCACAUCAAUGCUAAAGACAAGAAGGGAGUUUUGGUAAGAAUAUGGGCAAGAAAAAGAGCCAUUGAAGACGGGCAAGGCGACUAUGCGCUCAACAUCACUCAGCCAAUACUGGAGUUCUUUGAGAAAUAUUACAACACUAGCUAUCCGCUUUCUAAGUCAGACCAGAUUGCUCUGCCUGACUUCAACUCAGGAGCCAUGGAAAACUGGGGUCUUGUCACUUACAGAGAGACGGCUCUUCUAUACGAUCCACGGACGUCUGCCAAUGGCAACAAGCAGAGGAUUGUGACUGUUGUUUCUCACGAGCUGGCUCACAUGUGGUUUGGAAACCUCGUGACGGUGAAAUGGUGGAAUGAUCUGUGGCUGAACGAAGGGUUCGCAUCAUACGUGGAGUAUCUGGGCGCUGAUUAUGCUGAGCCCACCUGGAACACGGCACUUACAUAG